AUGCUCUCAGUACCCUACCCCUACACCCACGGCCACGCCUACAGACCAGCCCCGCCAGUGAAACCGUCCCAAUCCCUCGAAGGCCUAGAGCAAGUCAUUCCACCCACGUCGCCAUUAGCACUCUCCUCGCCCUUGUCACUCGUGGGCCGGCCCUACUAUCUCCGACUCGACAAGCCACUACCUGAGAAACCGCUCCCCGACACACCGUCCUCCAUGGGCUAUUCGGAUUCGAUAGCGUGGAGUAACAGCAACGAGACCAGUACGCUGGAUAGCGGGUCACGGUACUCGGGGCGGGAAUCGUCGCGCUAUUCGUCGGAUAGUUAUCCGAUUUUUGUCAGGACGGGGAGUGAGUAUGGUGUUGAGCGGCCGUAUUCAGAUGCCAGUUCUGGGAUUGGGAUUGGAGUUGGGGAUGUUGGAAAGGGAGGGUUACUGUCGCCAACUGUGCCUGCUCCGCUUGCGACGAGACAUAGUCCGAGCCCGCUACAUGCGUUUCUGGCGAGUGAUAACGAGGAGAAUGAUAUGGUGGGGAAUCUGGAAGAUCUGGAAGAAUGGAACGACAACGACCACCAUCUAGACGCGCGAUGGUCUCAAACCCGCCAUACGGCCACGGACUUCACGCAAGGCCGCAACAAUAACAGCCACUACUUCCGUGAGAAGAAAUGGGAUUUCUUCCCCGAGUUGGCUCCAGUGGCAGCCACGUCGAAGAGGCCCUGUCGUCAGGCAUCUGCUGCGCAAGCUAAAAAAUGGAAUACAUCUCGGUUUGACUUUCGACGGACUCGCGCGAAUACGUUUACUGCGGCACCGACGGCGCUGGCGAGCAAUGUUCGUGAUUCGAUCCGCUUUGUUGUGCAGAAGACGAUGAAGUCUUCGCUGGAGAAGGAGAAAGAGAACCAGAGACGGCAGCCAAGGCCUUCGACGGCGAAGAGAGCGGCUGCUAGUGUGAGUGAUUUCUCUGAUAGCACUACUAGCAGCAGCGGCAAGGGCACCAAGAGCAAGAACAAGGGCAAGCAACAGCCCGAGCGCAGCGACUACCUAUACGCCAUCCCAAAACCGUCCUGCGAGGGAAAAGUCUCCAUCACCAACCGGCUCAGAUCGUUAUCCAUGUCCACAGGAUCCAGCGGUGCCAUGGGUAGCCCGCGGUCCACACCCCCACAUCACGGCCCGGCAUACCCUAAACAACUCGCCGUGCCCUUAUCGCCGUAUCAGAAGUAUGGCGCCGCAGUCUUCGACAAACCAUCCACCCCAAGCACACCCGCAAGCACCCAAUCCCACAGCCGCUUCUACCAGAGCCAAAACCGAACCCGCCGCUGGUCCCUCUCAAACGCUACCUCCUCAUACACAUACGCAUCCUCCUACGUAACCAACAACAGCUCCACCCCCAAUCUCAAUCUCACAGCAACACAGUCUUACCCUGAAUUACCUACCUCGCCACUGUUGCGGUCACAGCUGCAGCGCGGGACGAAGGCGCUACAUGAUGGGACGAGCUAUAUGCGGGAUGCGCUGGACGGGGCGAAGAGGAGGGUUUUUGAUGCGAGGAUGGAUCGGAGGCGGGCACAGUUGAAGGCACGGAUUCGCUUGAUUGGGCCGGUGAAUCCAUAUACGACGUAUGGGAGGGUUGAUCCGUGGGAUUGUAUUUGA